CCCUUUCCGGUCUGAAAAGAAGCAGCUAAACACGACAUAAACAAACCGAGACAACGUUAGUCGUGUAGAAGCAGUUGUUAACGGCUAUUAUUAACGGGAUUCGGAUGUAGCGUUAGCCCGGGUUGACUCGGUUCCGGUGGAGGAGUGACGGUUACCAUGGGGAAGUGUGUUGUCUCCGGGUGUCCGAACCGCGAGGCGAACGUUAACCGGGGGAUCUACAACCGGGCACCGAAGAGGUUCUUCAACUUCCCCAAAGACCCCGCACGAGUCAAGGUAUGGCUGGCGGCCUUGAGGGAGACAGACAAGCAGGACUCGACAGAGCAGCAUUUAAUCUGUGAAGACCACUUCCUGCCAGAGGACAUCUCCACCAACGGCGUCAACAGUGACGCCAUUCCCAUCAUGCCUCCAUGCCUGGAUGGGCCCUUGAUAAGCCCCUGGGGAGCUGAGUCAUCAGAGGAAGAAGAUCAGUGGGCCACCGGUGGCGGCUGUGAUGAUGACGAUGACGACAACGCUGAUGAAGGUGUAGAUGAUGGUCCUGCUAAUGUGGAGCCUCCAGCGCCAGAACUUCCUGUAGUGGAUAUACCACAGCAGGAGGAUCCAGAUGCCAUGAACACUUCAGAGGCCAUGACUCAGGGCGUCAGCCUUUAUCAGAAGAAAGAGAGCAUCCAGACCAAAAGAGUCAACAGAACAGAUGUGUCCUUGGGAGCGCUGACACAGCAUUUCCUGGAGCUGAUACUGAACGCUCCGGACAACUUGGUGGAUCUCCGGCAGGUGACCACGAGCCUGCAGACCCGCAGGCGGCGAGUCUACGACAUCACCAACGUCCUGGAAGGCAUCAGCCUCGUUGAGAAGCAGUCUGCCAAUAAAAUCAAGUGGAUAGGAAGCUGUCAGAUCUCCAACUUCCUGUGGAAGAACCGGCAAAGGUUCGAGAGAGAGCUGGAGAACCUGAAGCUGGUGGAGGAAACGCUCGACACCCUCAUCAAAGGCUGUGCCCAGCAGCUCUUCGACAUGACCGACGACGUGGACAAUGCAGCGUUGGCCUACGUGACCUGCGAGGAUAUCAGCAGGGUCAGAGCCUUCGAGGAGCAGACGGUGAUCGUCGUCAAAGCUCCGGAAGAAACCAAGCUGGAGGUUCCUGCACCCAAAGAGGACAGCAUCCAGGUCCAUCUGAAGGGGGGUAAGGGUCCCAUCAUGGUGGUGACCUGUGAGGUCGGGGCAGGAGGUGCAUCUGCAGAGAAUGGCAAUGGCUGCUUGUUAACGCUGGAGGAAAGCCGGAUAAAGACUGCUACGCUACACACAGAGUCAUCAAGUCCACAGAGUGCUGUGCAGAGCGCGUAGCCACCAGCUGACCACCAGGAGGCGCCAGCUGUCAGACACCAGCCAGGAAAAACCACAGAAGCCUGAGUAGAUGGGCUCCAGGUAGUGAAAUACAGCUAAGCCUCGACAGUUACAGAGAUUUCAGCUGACUGAGCUCACAUGUGGUACAAUAUUGAAAUAAUACCCAGCUGAUACAUGUUUAAAUCAGCUGAAACAUUCACAUAUAUCAUCAGGUUCAAACUGAUCAGAAGCAAAAUAAAGACGUUUCAUCAUAGAGAUCAACAUGGACGACACUA